UUUUUUUUUUUUUUUUUUUUGAAGUCUUCUUCGCAUCGCCGAAGUCAGUCACAUACCCUACACCUAUCAGACAGACACAGACACAGACUCCAUCAUGUCCGGAGACACUCAGACGAACGAUGCCUCGCAGUCGGCCUUCCAGAAGCCCGGUGACUUGGUGGACAGAAACGAUGAUACUGGUGUUAUGCAGCUGGAGAGUCUUUGCAUGAACUGCCAUGAAAAUGGAAUGACCAAGCUCCUUCUCCUUCGUGUUCCUUUUUUCCGCGACAUCAUCCUCGAAUCCUUCGAAUGCGAGCACUGCAAUUUCCGUAACAACUCCGUCAAGUCAGCGGGUCAAAUCCAGGAACAAGGGUCGAUGUACACCUUAAACGUGGAGGGCGAUGAGGAUCUCCGGCGCCAGGUUAUCCGCAGCGACACCUCAACCUUCAAGCUCGAGUCACUUGGCAUCGAGAUGCCCAAGGGCGACAGCCAGAUGACAACGGUGGAGGGUGUGAUCGCACGGAUCCACGACAACCUUGCCAGUGAGCAACCGCUGCGCAAGACUCAGGCCCCCGAAUUGCACGAUGCGCUAGCUCCCAUCAUUGAGAGGCUCGAGAAGAUGAUGAACCGCGAGGAAUUCCCGUUCAUUAUCUCCCUCGACGACCCGACUGGUAACUCAUGGAUCGCACCGAACCCGCUCGACAAGGGUGCGAAGUACAGGCGUCGCGACUACCCCCGUACCCACGAACAGAACGAAGAACUCGGUAUCGCUGGCGACGCGGCGGCUGUGGCUGCUGAAACCGCGGAGAUUGACGCUGAUGACUCUGAAAUUGUCGACGGCAAGGUCUACAGCCUUCCCUCCGAGUGCCCUGGCUGCUCGAAGUCUUGCUUCGUCAACAUGAAGAAGGUCAACAUCCCCUACUUCAAGGAAGUCUACCUGUGGGGUACCGUCUGCGAGCACUGCGGAUACCGUACCAGCGACGUCAAGACCGGUGGUGAAGUCCCCGAGAAGGGCAAGAAAAUCACCCUUCGCGUCGAGAACGCAAUCGAUCUCUCCCGCGAUAUCCUCAAAUCCGACACCUGCGCCCUGCACUCCGAUGAGCUCGAAGUCACCGUCGAGCCUGGUACCUUGGGCGGCCGUUUCACCACCGUCGAGGGUCUCCUCACUGAAAUCCGUGACCAGCUGAAGGGCCAGAUCUACGACGUCGACGACACCGCCCAGACCGGAGGUGACAGCAUGGAGUCCUCUGACAAGGACAAGUGGGCGCGUUUCUUCUCCCGUCUUGACUCGGCAAUCGAGGGCAAGAUGCCUUUCGUCAUUACCCUCCAGGACCCCCUGGCCAACAGCUACGUCCAGGAUCUGUCUGCGCCUGCUGCGGAUCCCCAGCUUACCAUCGUCGAGUACACGCGGACUGACGAGGAGGAGGACGACCUUGGCCUGAAGGAUAUGAAGACUGAAGGGUACGAGGAGGAUGCUGAGAAGAAGGACCAGGGUAAUGGCGAGCAGAAGUCCUGAUCUGAUACCCUUGUUUUCCUUGAUUUAUUUAUGAUGUGCAUGAUGUUCUUAAUGUCUCCCUUUCUCUGAUAUCUUUCUUAACGCAUACGUUGAUUGCAUGAUGAUGGCGUGUCUCAGGCCUUGUAUAUGGUCUAUUUCUUUCAAAAUGGGGUCGUUUCAUAUACCAGUUGGGGUUUGAUUCAGUUGGUUAAAUGGUUCAUAAAAGUUCGACAAAUGACAUUUUGGUCCUUACAGUUGAAUUAUACUGCUAUGAUGCUUGCAUUUGAAUACCUAAGAACUUACCUAUUGUAGUAGAAGCACACGUAUUCAGCUGCUUAUCAAAACUCCGCCGUACUAGAUUCAAUCUUCAUUUGAGCAUCUACCACCGUAACUUG